GGCGGGCGAGGAGGUCGGUGGGCGAGGGCGCGACGAUGCAUGCCGGUCGGCCCCGCUCCCGGGACGCCGGCGGGGCGCUGUUUCUGUUUCACAGGUGGAGGAGAAGCGCCCGGCCGCGCGCGUUGGGAUGCACAGCAGCUACCGCGCCAUGGGUUUGCCCGCCGCCGGAGACCGCGUGCUGCUCCUUCUACUCGCCUUCGGCUUCAGCCACGAUGCCCUGGUGCGCGUCGUCGGCGCCAUCGAGAUCACCAAGCUGACCGUGCCGCGAGUGGUCGAGAGCGGCCGGCAAGGCCCGUUCGAGCUCGACUGCCAGUACCGCUGCAACGAGUCCGACUCGAAGCUGGUGGUCAAGUGGUUCUUCAACGGCGAGACGCAGCCCUUCUACCAGUGGAUCGCCGAGCUGGAGGACCCCGUGGUGACGGACCGCUACGCCGACGUCAUCGACAUGGACAGAUCGCACGCGCCGGGUGGCGCCGAGGCCUGCAACGUGCACACGUGGCACCUUCGCCUGGUCAGGCCCACCAUCGACAUGAGCGGCAAGUACCGUUGCGAGGUGCUCACGCUCGCGAACCAGGACAGCGCCGAGGCGUCCAUGAUGGUGUUCGCGCCGCCAUCGACGUUCCACUUCAACUACACCAAGUCGAGCUCGGAACGUGCCACGCUCCUCUGCGAGGUCGACGGCGCGUUCCCGAUGCCGCACCUGAAGAUGUACCGGCUCCUACCGGACUCGGACGACGACAAGGCGGAGCUGGUCAACGUGCAGCUAACGACCGAGCGCAGGGACGGCCUGUACCGCGCCGCCAUGACGAGCGAGGUGCUGGACGCCAGCCUGCCGCAGGACGAAGAGACGGUGUUCCUGUGCAGCUACUCCUUCAAGGAGAUCAAGUACCACCGCUUCCAGAGGCUCGUAUACGUCCCCGGCCGACCGGUCAGGGCCGUUGGAAGCCAUAGUGCCCGCUCCAUGAACAGAGACCCGCAUGGUGCGCCUGCUGAAACAGAUGAAAACAUCACAAACUCUGCAAGGUGCUUGAAGCCACUUCUGCUGACUUUGCUACUGAGUCUGAUUCUCGGCCUCUCCUAGCCGAGUGCUGCCUUGUUAUCAAGACGGCGCAAACCCUACUUUCGUCCAGUCUAGCCUAUCCUGAGCUGACUUCAGCAGAAGGGAGUCUUCAACAUCGAACCCGUCUCACUCGACCCGAAAAGGACGUCAAGCGACAUAUUCAAGACGUGCCUUCCUUCCUUCCUUCGAUUCGUACAGGUCGCCGCACCCCGUGCGAUGCCUGUCACCGUUUUAAAUGAGGUUCCAGAAACCAUCGUCCCUUGAUGACAGAAUGUGAGAGGGAGCGUCAAAGCGCCCUUUCUUGUCCUUUUUUUUUUAAAGCGAAAACCAAAGAGGCUCCUAAUGCCAGACUUGUACAGUGUGUAACCAAGAAUUAAGGCUUACAUUGUGUGUCCUGCAAGACGUUUUUGUUCAUUUUUUUUAACUAGCCCUUUGGAAAAGAUUUGUUGCGCAUAAAUGUGUGAUUAACGAUACGAAACGAUAUUUAGUAACCGCCACCGCAACAACGGCAAGGUUGCGCAAUUCGUUAUUAUUUUCUCAUAAACCCUGCAGCUUCGAGAUCGAAGUUAUCGUAUUCGAGAUGCUGCAGUUUAAAUGUGACGCUACAGCAUAGGCACUGUAAAGAAUAUUUAUUGUACUCGAGUACUUUAUCGCGCUGUCUACGGCACGCGAUAUACUUAGUUUUUAGUUUUCUAUCAAGGUCGACAAGUUCGAGUUGAGUAAACUUGGUGUCUCCGCUGCAGCCUCCCAGAAGGCAGUAUCCUUUCUUCGUGCCCAAUCGCGUAUCUUAGGCAGCUUUCAACUAACGCACUGAAAUAACGUACCACAGCUAUGCACGCUUUUCAAUUAAAGAAGACGCACUGCGUCUGGAGCACUCGGCGCAGUUCAUCACUCCGCUUCAGUUCACGACGACUACGUGGCGAAAAUAGAACGUAAGAAUGAAAUGAUCAUUCAGGGGUCACGUCGAGGCUCGUACACAAGUGCUGGUGGUUUCAAACACGAAAGAGUCCUCGUAAGGCAGCGUUUGAAGGUUCAACGUAGUCGUGUAUAGUAAGUGUUUGUCCCUUUGUUUUGUCCCGAAAUAUGCUAGUCCUUGCCGAAGCCGUCCCUUCGUGUAUAUUAGUAAUAUAUUUUGGUCUGCCAGACACUGUCCUCACACCAUCUCCUAACAUAAAUGUAGAUCAGUGUCCUCGAAUGUCAAGCACUUCGCUAUAUAUUCGUUUCUACCAACGCAAGAAAGAAGUGAGCUCGCUUUAACACAUACAUCAACUCGGGCAGAUUUAAACAGUCUACUAUCUGUAACCUGAAAUAAUAUUCCUCGUUAUCUUUCCAUGUAUUAAUCAGACUUGCAAAAAUACCGUAUUUGCACUAUUCUAACGCGCACUUUUUUUUAAAAUAAAAGGUGCGUCAACAUUUGCGUGCGCAUUACAAUCGUAACUAAUUCUAUUUACAAUCGAAAAUGAAACAGAUUCUUAAAAAAAAAAAGAAAGCUCUAUGUGAGGUAGCUAGCCACACUGCCAUCGAACGGGUCGUCUGAAGAAAGCGACACUCGGCGAUAUCGCAAGCUCGGUCCAUGGUGCGUGGAAUCUCCUAUACCGCAGUUUAGUAGAGUAGUUUGCUGGGCCAGUUGGUGCAUGGUGAACGUAUAACGGUUUUCAGCAAGUACGGACGCGAGCACAAGUAAGUAGAAAUGGACAGGACAACGCUGGACUUACAACUGAAGCUUGCACAAGUAAGCAGAAACGGACAGGACAACGCUGGACUUACAACUGAAACUUCAGUUGUCAGUCCAGCGUUGUCCUGUCUGUUUCUACUUACUUGUGCUCGCGUCUGUACUUGCUGGAAACCGUUAUACGUUUUCCUAUACCGCAGACGAUGGUUGCCCGAGUCUCCAGAAGUGUGGCACUUCUAAUGCAUUAAAUUGAACUGAAUAUGACUUUGUGUGGUCGAUAUACAGCGAAAAGGAGGUGUCGUCGGACUCCGAUAGCCACUAGCCGCUAAGAUUCAGCUGUGUGCGUGUCUGUGUGCCUCUAUAUGUUUUAUAAUAUCGUUUCAACACAGUAUGCGUCGACUCAGGUUCCGUUACUUGAUGUGCACGGUAGAAUCGUCACCAAAUUAUUUUUUAUAUAUUUGGGCGGGGAUUUACCUGCGCGUUACAAUCGGUGGCGCGGUAGAGUCGUGCAAAUACGGUAUAUAUGCCGGCAGAGACGUCUAGGAUCUUUUUCUUUGUACAAGCCAAGCACAUUUUCUCAGUCGCAGUCGCGUUAUCUGACUCGCUGAGGCAGACACCACAGAGGCGUCGGUUCCCGAAACCUGACAAGCACCUUUAUCUGGAGUGUAUCUAAAAGAAAAGCUGAACGCUUUGGUUGCUGCUGACAAACACGAUGGUAUUGACAAGUUGCACUUACAAGUACAUUUUACAAGUCAUCCUACGACGCGUUCAACGCAACACAAGUUGUCCACUGUAUUAUAUGCCCCAUGUGCGCGUAUAUAAAACGGCUGCACGCGUUUUAAAACGAGUUCAGGGUUCUGUAGAACGAACGUAACGAGAAAGAAGCAUCAGGCGCAUGCUUACAGAAGACACGCAAUUCUGGGUGCAGUGUUUACAAGACAAAAUGUUGGAGACGUUCAAAAGAAGUAACAGGCGCCGGUCAAUCCAGAUAAUGAACAGUCCUUUAUAGCGAAGGUAGCAGGCCUGUGACGGACAUCCUUACAAGCAUCGAUUCAGACUUAAAUAUUUAAUGCACACUUGUAGCAUAUACUAUAGGCUCUUGACUAAGGUUCCUAACUGUCAAAACAGCCGCGCGCUGCGUGCCGUAUCACAUUGCAGGUGAACUCGGCUGCAAAGACAUGCCACAAAUGGAAGCAAAUUUUCCCAACUCAGUCGCAUUACACGCCUAGAAUGACGGCUCCCAAGUUUUUUUUUUUUUCAUGUACUGCAAGGCCAGUUUGUUGAAUCAGUGCUGUAUCGCAAAGCAACCUUUUUUAACCCUGGCACGAAACUUUGUGGACGUCUUAAACGUGGCAGAAAACAAAAAUACACGAAUGAUAUAGUGUUUGCUUGGAGAUAAACACGAGAGGAACGCGUCGCACACACCACAAUUCUCCCCCUAGAAGCAAACGACUUAAGCUUUAGCCUUUGAUGAAAGUAAGCGCGAGCUAACAAUGUGAUGCCACGAGCCCCUGGCACUUACCUAGAACUAGUCACAUCAUCAAAAAUGAAAAAUGGCCGAGUGUAACAAGAAAAUAUUUAUACAAAAUUCUUCUUUUGGGUGCUCUUGGUGUGUAGAGAACGUGUGCAUUUUCCCUUAUCUUAUAGUAGAAGUAAAGGUUGUAAAUAAUAUACCUCGAUGACGUUCUUGUUUGAACCGCUUUGAAUGCGCAUAUUCGUUAUUGUUCACGGUCACUGAAACUAAACUAUAAAGUACAGUGCGAAUUGUUCUGUUUCCUCAAGCACAAAAUAAUUAUAAUUCGUCACUCAGCAUCCGUGGCCUACGACUUCAUAAAAAAAAUUGUAAAUUGAAAGCUUGCGCCAAAUUUCACAAUGCGCACUAAGCAUUCUGCAUCUUAUAGAUUACGCACAUGACGUUAUCAUAGUAAAAACCUUCUUUUAUGUACUGUGAAAUGAUUAUUCCGCAAUAUAGCAUUACAUGUGUUUGAUUGUUCGUUAUGGGUAUACUUCUUUUUCUGUAAUUUAUAUUGAUUCUUCAUGUGCUGAUGCUUCCCUAUGCUUGUUCAUUUGCGAAAGGACUACUUAAUGACACAACUGCACUUUGCUAUUAAGCUAUGCAAAUGGGCUACCUUGUACACAAAAGUUUUUGGCAUGUGUUUUUCCAGUUCACACAAUGAAGGUUUUAGUUAUAAGGCACAGUAUUUUUAUAGUGCGAGUGUAUACCUGUUGCAAUUUGUCAUGUACAGCGUUUGGAGUAAUAAACGUGAUCAUCGCUUGCAA